AUGGCGUUGCUUGGCCUGGUAGAAGUCGACUCUCUUGAGGCUCUCAUCAUCGUUGACAAUGAGCUUGAUCCCAUGUCGCCUGCUGCCCCAGACACCGUCCAGCUGUCCGGGGGCAUGGGCACGCUGGGGAUGUGUUCUCCGCACGAUCUACACGAUAGGGGAGAGGCAGUUAAGGAGUUGAGGAUGUCAGAUAUCUGCUGUUCGGCGCAUGGGCUAUCGGUUCUUGUGACGGCCACGAAAGGGAAUGUGAAACAUUCUAUCUUGUUCGAUGCAGGGCCUGAGGAGGAGGUCUGGGCAAAGAAUGUGGCCCGGUUGCGACCAGAUCUGGCAUCAGUGGAGCUUAUUCAACUCUCGCACUGGCAUCGAGACCAUUCAGGUGGCCUCCUCCGCGCAAUACGUAUGAUCCAAGAUGCAAAAGCUGCCCGGGGUGCUUCUCACCAUCUGACCCUCGACUUGCACCCGGCCAGACCCGACUACCGCGGUUUCAUGCUUGGUGAGAAAAUCAUCUCACUCGAAGCAGAUCCAUCCUUUGACGAUUUGGCUGCCGCGGGGGCGACCAUCGACAAGCAUGAUGAGGUUCACACUGUGCUUGACGGUUUUUUCCUCAUUUCAGGCGAGGUCCCGCGAGUCACACCGUUUGAGAAAGGAUUAAAGGGAGCAAUGAGGUACAAUGGCCAAGAGGACGAAUGGUAUUCCGACGAGGCAAUUGCAGACGAAAGGUUUCUCAUGUGCAAUCUGAAAGGAAAAGGUAUUGUUAUGUUCACAGGCUGCGGCCAUGCCGGAGUCGUAAACUCGGCAAAGCAUGCAAUUGAACUAGCCAACAAGUCGAUGCCGCUCCAUGCGGUCGUAGGUGGCUUCCACCUGGCAACAAGUGAGCCACAGCAGGUAGAUAGUACGGUUCGGGCGCUGAAAAAGCUGGACCCUGCAGUGCUCCUGCCUGGUCAUUGCUCAGGUUGGAGGGUCAAAUUUGCGAUCGAGAGACAAAUUCCCGGGACCCUGAGUGAGAAUCGCCUGCUUGAAUACUUCAAUGACCUCUUCCGACAUGCAACAGAUGCCUCACCCAACUGUGUUGAGGUCAAUUUGGCUGGCGGAUGGCGUUCAUUCUUCACCCGCGACCCCGAGCAUGUCAAAGCGGUUCUGACAGGCAACUUUGCGAGCUAUGGGAAGGGCGAGAUAUUCCAUGAGCUCUGGAGCCCCUUCUUAGGGGACAGCAUCUUCACAACCGACGGUAAGCAAUGGUCAAACAGUCGGCAGCUGAUCCGGCCCAUGUUCAUCAAAGACCGGAUCAGCGACCUGGAGAUAUUUGAGCGCAAGACGCAGACUAUGAUGAGCCUCUUUGCCUCACCGGGCGAAGCCUUUGACCUCAUGGACCUGUUCUAUCGUAUGACUCUGGACGUCACGACUGAAUUUCUGCUCGGUCGUGGCAUCCACAGCCUGGAGAACCCUCAAGGGGAGUUUGUACACGCCUUCGCAGAGGUGCAGCGCAUCCAGAUGCUCCUCACCGUACUAGGACCCAUUCAAGCAUUUAUUCCCCGCGGGGCGUACAAGCGCGGCAUCAAGACAAUCGACGACUUUGUGCUUCCAUUUGUGCACAGCGCCCUGGCCCUUCCUGUGGACGAGCUUGAGAAGCUGAGCAAGUCAGAAAAGUCGUUCACGUUUCUGCACGCGCUGGCCCACUUCACGCGCGACCCGAAGGUGAUCCGCGACCAAGUGGUCUCGGUACUCCUGGCAGGCCGGGACACGACGGCGGCUACGCUGUCAUGGGCGUUCUACGAGCUGUCGCACUAUCCAGGCAUCUAUGCCAAGCUGCGCGCCGAGAUCCUAUCGACGGUAGGCCCCUCACGCGCGCCGACGUACGAAGACCUCAAGAACAUGCCUUACCUACGCCACACAGUCAACGAGACGCUGCGUCUCUACCCGGCUGUGCCGUAUAACAUCCGUUUCGCGCUGACGGACACGACGCUGCCCCAUGGAGGCGGCCCUCACGGCGACCUCCCACUGACGGUGCUGCAGGGCGACGCAGUCAUCUACUCGACGUACGCGAUGCAGCGGCGGGCGGACCUAUACCCAGCCGUGUCAGACAAGUUCGCGGACCCGGCCGUCUUCUCGCCGGAACGCUGGGAGACCUGGACACCCAAGGCGUGGCAGUACAUCCCGUUCAAUGGCGGGCCGCGCAUCUGCAUCGGACAGAACUUUGCGCUGGCGGAGAUCGCGUACACGAUGGUGCGUAUCCUGCAGAAGUACGAGCGACUGGAGUAUGCAGGCGACUGGGAGGCACAGUUCCACAAGGCGGAGAUUGUCGGGACGCCAGGGAAGGGGGUGAACGUGAGGUUUAAUCCAUGA